AUGACCAAAGAAGUGAUGGUAGAGCAGAAACCAACGGACUCCAAGUGGUGCGGAAUCUAUCCGCCGAAGAGGGACCUCUACGUCUACAUGUUCGUCGGGUUUCUUCUGACGAUCGUCAGCUUCACGCAAGGCUACGUCAUCGCAUCGUCUGUGAGUGUGCUGAUGACCCUCGUCGAGGUCUACGCCAUCUACCGCGACCACGCCUGUCUUCUGCUCUUCUUCCUCAUCAUGAACGCCAUCGGCGUCGUCAUCCAGAGCGUGUGCUUCGUCUUAACCUUCGUGCUCCUCUCCGUUCUGAGCGGCGUCGCCAGCGUCACAAGGUUCGUUCUCUUGUUUCCAACAGAACUUUUCAGUCUCUAGUUACGUAACUUCUCUUGUUCAAAGGCAGAGGGGCAGUAAAAAACAGGGUUAUUGGUGAAAAAUACUUGUCUUGUAGACAUUCUCACUGCCAAUCCAACGGUGUAUUCAAAAAAUCACAGCAGGGAUUACUUUUAAAGAAAGCGCGCACUUCUUUUCCCGCAAUUUGAUUUUGAUAUCUGCUUUGGAUCGGUGUACAGACAACUGUUUACAGUAGUCGUGCACGAGAAGGGUCAUUAGACUCGCAUUUUGUGAGAAAUAUCAUUAAUAUAUUGCAGUGUCGACCAAUUAGGCGACCUCCCGUCCAUCGAAGUAACUGGUCUCCUGUUGGUCCUCCAGCUCAUCCUCCUGGCGAUGGUGAUCCACCAAUGGCUGCUCACUCUCUGGGUCUACCGCCACGCCAGCAACAAGAAGAAGAUCAACGCCUACGCCGUCGCCCCCGCCGUCGGACAAGUCGCCGUCGAAACUGUCUGA